AUGGCGCGCAUGUUAACGAUAUUGUUUGUUGUGUUGUUAUGGUGUGUUUUAUCUCUGAGUAUUAACUAUGCGAUAACCUAUGUCGAUCCCCAAGGUUGUACGAAAAAAAAUAAGUUCUUUCGUUACUCGUCGCUGAGUUGUGAAGAUUGUGACUCUGGACCAGAAGCAAAGUCAGGAUUUCAGAUCUUGCAUCUGCAAGAUUGGUUACAAGACUGUGUUAAAUAAUGGUGGUCCAAGUGAGGACAUUAAAUGCGUCAAAUGCAGUGGCUCUUUAAACGAGACAAGUUCCCUUGAUGGAAGUUUUUGCAUCAGGUGUCAAAACGAUUCGAUUGGUGGUUUUAAUGGGAAUACAGGCACUUGUUUUGAUUGCCCUGAAAACUCUUUUGCCAGAGAUCGUGGUGCAAAUGGAGUGAGGUUGUCUAUGAGGCAAUGCGUAACAUGUGCAGAAGAUACAACACUGAGCGGAGCGGAGGAAAAAGCUUGUAGACGCUACCAUUCUAGCUUUUUGCUAGAUGAUAAUGCGACAGUUCGUCAGGAGUGCGUUAACGGCGAGAAAAACUCAGGUUUCACAGAUGAGGGUGGUAUAUGUUUCCAGGACUCAGAUCUGAUCGAAAAGAAGAACAACCUAUACAAAGUAACAUAUGUAGACGAGGAUAAUCCAAUCGAGUCGUCUUAUUAUGGGAGAAAUCUACGUGCUGCUGAAGCUCUUUGUAAGAAAUACUCAAACUUUACAGCGUGUCAGCUGUUUGGAAACCUCUGUGUUUUGCACGAUUACACUGGUGAAGUUUGCGACCGAUACAAGGCACUUGUCCGUGAAAAGAAAGCAAAGCUUGUUAAUGAUAAUUCCGAUUGGCCUGCAUAUAUGCCUUGGCUUGUCUACUAUAAAGAAACUGCUGGUGAGGCUCCAGAUAUCCUAGACAAGAAGGAGAUAACAGAAACAUUUGAACGAAAUGAAGAUAUUGAAUUUCUCCUUGUGGUUUACACACUGAAUGGAUCAUUUGUUGGUUAUGAAAACGGUUUAGAUUCUCUACAGAUCUGCAAAGAGAGACCCUCAAAAAUGGCUUCAGCAUCAAAAUUUGCCACAACUUACAAGUCAUCAUGUUCAGUUCCAGUUGAUGAUCUGAAAAACAUGCCAAUGUUUCUGUAUGACAUGUUUAUUGACCUUGGUGACAAGAUUUACCCUGUGCCAGUACUCAUGGAAAAUUAUGUAAGUGGCAAUGAAAAAGUGAAUGAGAACAGUGACAGAACCAAAUGGCAACUUACAAGGAGGUUCUUUGUUGUUGAUAAUAAGAUUGGGAUUUCACCUGGAUCCAAAGAACUAGAGUUCAUCCGUUAUUCCUCAAAGAUAGAGGUGAACAUUAGGCUGCGAUCGUCUGAUGGAGAAAUAUAUCCCCCCAUGUUGAGAAUAAGAUAUGAACCAUUAGAGGUAAAAGAGAAAGCCAAAAGCAGCAUAGAAAUGUCAUUUGCAGUCACUUAUGAAAUGGAUUUGACAAAAAUUAAGAAGGAUACUGAGGUAAGUUACUAAUGUCAUGAUUCCUCCAAUUAAGGGAGAAUGGCAAAGGGUUUAUAGGCGACAUUCCAUGAUCUGAUCGUUAAUUCUCCCCUCUAGCCACGACACAUUUUCUUAUAAAUCAGUUACAAGAAUUUGGUGAAUUUUACAGAAAGGGAAGAUUCUUUGUGGUGAAUUUAUUUACCAGUGUGAGGCAUUAUCUGUCUCUUGUAAUAUAUGUGACCUGUGAAAACCUCAAGAUUUCUCUGAAAUCUUUUAUGCAAGAAGAGAGAUUUGAAGUUUACCCUUAAAUUUAUAACUUGAUGCUUGGAUUAAUCUCUAAAAUUUGGGCAUGAAAUAGGAUCAGGAUACUCCCCUCCCCCCCCCUUUGCUGUCCUUUUAAGGAUAGCAAUGGGGGGGAAGGGGAGUGUCCAUGACCCGUGUCUAGUAUCUAAUUUCUUCCUACAAUAUCACCCCUGAAUCAAAAAUUAAGGUCACAUGAAUGAAAAGAAUGAUCACCAAUUAAGGAGGCUCUUGAUUGUUUAACAACCUCAGUGUCUAAGGAAGUGCAAGACAAAUAGGAUGGAAAAUAUGCAUACUGAUGCUAUUUUGAACAUAAUGAUACCCCUUCUGUAUGUAUUCCACUUAAGAUUUUUUUCUUGAUCUUUUGUUGACAGAUAGCUAUUGGAUGCCUGUCUGCCCUAGCUGCCAUUUUGGCCUUCAUCAAAGUCUCAGCAUGGAGGAGACGACAGGGCCGCAUUGAAGUUGAUGCAGCCUCCAUCUUGAAGUUUAUCCUGUUUUGUUUCAGUACAUUCUCCACCAUGUUGUUUUGGGUUGCCUUCGGGUUGUCUAUGUCAUUUCUAAUUUUUUUCAAACGACAAAAGACAGUGUCUCAACUUCUGCCCACACAAAGUCAGGAGGGUUUGUUCCUCAAAGUUGUGGUGGUUGUCAUUGUGUUCAAAAUUAUUGAUGUGCUUCAUAUGCUGUGGUCACAAAUCUCAUUUGAAAUUUUUUUUAUUGACUGGGAACGACCACAGGGGAGAGUCAACCAGCCUACUCAGGGAGGUGAGGGAGGGGGCUUGGAUGCCCCUGUCAGCAUUUGGAGAACUCUAUUCAUCGCAAAUGAGUGGAAUGAAAUCCAAACCAUUCGCAAAAUCAACCCAGAGUUACAGAUUUUCGUUGUGCUGUUUUUCCUGAAGGUUUUUGGAUUUGAGUAUUUGGCAACAACAGACCCACAGAGUAACUUCUCGGCAGACUACACAACUGAAUAUGUUGGAGAGUUCAGCAAAGUGUUACGAUUCGCAGUUUUGUCAAUGUUGUUCCUAGCUGUGGAGGCUGUCCAGUGGUUCUUCUUUGCAUUCAUCUAUGAGCGAUUCUUUGGAGAUUCUCUUGGUGACUUUAUCGACCUGUGCUCAAUGAGUAAUGUGAGCAUCUUUGUCUUAGAGGUUUGUGCAAUUAGUAACAUGAUCAUGAAUUUAGCGUAGAAUCAAGGAAAACAUUUUGUCACAUCCUCUUUUUGCUCUUAACCCUUUUACUCUCAGAGGUGUGUUUAAUGUGGAACGUCUCCACAUAAUGUCCAUACAUUAUCCAGCAAACAGGAAGAGAAUUAUCAAACGUAUCAAGGAGGUGUUAUCUUGAUCUGACACCAAAUUCUUGUAACUGAUUUACAAGGAAAUGUGUAGCAGCUGGAGGGGAGAAUUAACAGUCAGAUCUUGGGAAUUAAAGGGUUAACAACAAGGUAGUUUCAACAGUCGGGACCCUGUGCUUAAUGUCAACAAGUCACAUUAGAUAGGUUUGGACUAACAAACUGAGUCAGUCACGUGAAGUGAAGGCUUAUGGGUAAACUUCUUAGGAAAAUGUAUUUAAAAAGUUUUUUUGGUCCAAAUUCUAUCUGUUAUGCAUUGGCAAAUUUUUUGUUUCAGAACAAUUCAACCUUGAAUCACACCCUUAAAAGAUUAAUUGUAAAUGCUGUUCAUAACUCCUAAGGCUACAAUCUUUUCUUGCAGAAUACUCGGUAUGGUUACUACAUUCAUGGUCGCUCAGUUCAUGGCCGCGCAGACACAAACAUGUGGCAGAUGAACGAACAGCUGAAGAGAGAAGAAGAUGACUUGUGCGGGAGAAGAGGCUUGGAACCCAACACAGAGCGGCAGACAUUUGAAAUGGAGGUACCAGCAAAGUUCCGUGAACAGUAUGAAGAAAUUAUCCGACCACUUCGUGACGGAAAUGUUCAGCAGCAGAGGAGAAACAUGCCUAAUACUCCCAUGGGUUAGUACUUGCCGUCUUGUUAAUCACCCCUGGGAUAGGGAGGUAAAUAAGGGGGGAGCAAAAGUUCGUGACAGUUACCCCUGGGAUAAGGUCUUAAAUGAACGGGGAUUGAAAAUGCAAAGAAGUGAUCCUGGGAUAGGAAUUAAUAUGGGUAGAAAGAGAAAACGACAGAGACUGCCCCGGGGAUAGAGAAUUUUAACUGGAAGGAGCUACUCCUGGGAUAAGGAUUAAAAUGAAAGGGAAUUGAGAACGAAGACGACAAGGAGGAUUUGGUAUAUUGGAAUCAGCAGAACCUGUGAUAGGUUUUUUCGUUUGGCUUUAACACAUGUUUUCGUCUCUUCUUUAGGUCAAGAUGGUCGCCCAAGUCGCCUCCCUGUGGCAGUGGAGAAGCGCUUGCAAGCCUACAACACGCUAAACCGCUUUCUCUCUGCUUUCAUCGAUCACUCACUGAAGGACCUUGAUUACCUGGUAAGGGACAAGCUCCUUUUUGAAAGGAUCUUAAACAUGGAGUUAAAAGAAGUCCCUCCUCCAGACAAGGCUAUUUUUUACAACGACGAUGGCAGAUCGUUUAACUCGAUUCUUUUCUAUGGCAAUGAGUGGACACUGAUGUUCUUCGACUUGUUGGUGUUCGCCGCCAUGGAUUUGAUAUACCCGAAUUUUGUUUUUGCUGGGGUAAUGGCCUAUCUUUUCAGUAAAGGCUUAACAAUUGCCAGAAAUACAUUCGGGAGGAAAAAUCUGACAAGAAAGACACUUGUAGAUGAAAGGUUUCUGAUUUAGUGUGACUAAGUUUCGUAAAACACUGAAACCAAAGCAUCGACAUCGGCAGAUGCGAGCAGAGGUAGCAUCGUAAAGCGAUGAAAAUUAGAAUAGAACGUAAAUUGUCGAAUAAGAGAAUAAGCAAAUCGUGAUCGCUUUUAGAGCGCUUUUCGAUUGAGUGUCUUAAAAAUAAAACACAACGACCAAACAGAAGACAGGAAAAAUGCCUCCAACAGCCAUUAAGAGCUCUAAGUUGUUUAACCGCCCAAAGCGCGGGCGUCAAGUUAGUCUUUAUUGCUUUUAGUUUUGCAUCGAAUUGGUUGAUAACGUAGCCCGAUUUUUCCUGACCAAUCACGAGCGAACUAAAACAGAACUAAAAUAAUUCUGGAUUACUCUAUACACGCAGUUGAAAAUUAGCCUUGUUUGGAACUUAAUUCGAUUGCUUGUCAGUGUUGAGAUCGUGAGUUGAACAAUUUUGCGAGAAUUGUUGUAUUUUUCUAACACGCAAACCCGUUUCAAAGAAGGAAGCAAAUUUACCACGCAGAUGUAGAGGAAGGUUACUCUCGGGAAAGUUCAAUCGAAGCUGUCGAUCUAUCUAGCCAUAGUAUAGAAGAUUUCUUGACCACUGACAGAGCAAUUGAAAUCCACUAAGAUAGUUUUAAACGUAACGAAAAAAGGAAUAGUUUUUAGUCUGGGUCGUCCUUGGCCUUCUUUCAUGGUAUGCUUGCUUAGUAUUGCUAGUCGUUGAAAGAAGUUUUUUAUAUUUUGAAAUGCUGUUGAAAACACGUCAAACGAAUUCAGUUAAUCGUUUACUUAUAUCAGCAUGCAUAUUUUCCCUACUGUUCUAUACACUUUUCUUAAGUUGCUGACUAGAAGUUACUUAACAACCAAGGGCUUCUUUAACUGGUAAUAAUUUUUUUUUUCAUGACCUCAAAUGUGUGAUGCGGGGGUGUCAUUGCUAGGUGAAAUUAGAUACCAGUCACUCGUGGGGGUCAAAGGAAAACGUGUCAUUUUCCGGAAAUCCUCGUGGAAAUACAUCAGAAUUUCGGUUUUCUCUCUUAUAUCGUGUUAUCAUCAUUAAAGGCCCCAUAUCAUUGGCCAUUCAUUGUUUAUUCGUUCGCUCUUAGACUUACGUAACGCAGUUUCUUGUGCAACAAGUAAUUAAGCUUAAGUCUAGAUUAAAAAAAUAAAAGAAAUUAGUUGAAACAGGAGC